AUGGGCCAGAGGCACAAUCGACGUCGCACCCGUCCGCGCUCUCGAAACCGCAGCAGUAGCAGCAUCCACAACAAUCACAUUCAAAUCGCUCCCAACGAAGCUUUCACCCGACCUACCAAUUCAGUCCUCCCUGCGGCCUUCGACUGCCAUGAACCCCCCGCCCCAACCUGGCACUAUGGGAAUAUAACAUGGCAGAACCGCGAUCGCAUGAUGAGGCUGGAAACCUCCAAUCUGGAGGCGGAGCAGUGCCGACUCUUUGGUGGUGAGCCCGGUGACGAUGUGGGCCUAUGCUAUCGGAUGCUGGAGUAUUUUGGUGGACUCGAUUACAUCGACUGUCCACAGUCUCUAAACGCAUUACCUGGAUGA